CUGUUUCACCUGUCAUAUGAGGACAGGAGUUCUGUGGGAACGUACAUCUUCUGUUUUCAGGAUUAUCAUCGUGAUGACGGAUACAGAUGAGUUAGACAUCAACAAGUUUUUUAGUUCCCUUCAGACAUCCUACCUGGACGUGUAUGAGGCGGCCCAGGAGAGAUGUUUUACUGUGUGUAUCCCCCAGCAAUCCUCCCUCGGCAACAUAGACAUCUCCAAAAGAUUUGUCGAAACUCACAUUUUGAGGCCAUCUCCAUAUUUCCAAAGUGAAUUUCUUACUCUGAAGUCGAGUGAAAGAAUUGUUCAUCUGGAAGAAAAUGGAAAGGAACUUAGAACGGGUGAAGGAUUUUCCUGUCCAUGUAUAGUGAAGAUACUGAGUGAAGAACUAGGCUAUAACAAGGACUACAAGCCGUUCAAAAUCCUGGUGAUAGAAAAACCACUGGACACCUUUACUCAGGUGACAUCUUCACAGGCAAGGGAUCGAAAAAUAAGUGAAAGAAUUUUAGACAAGGACAAUGCUUUGUCAGUUUCGGAGUGCCGUGAGAUUUUAUCUGAGGAAUAUGGGCAGACGAUGAAGAAUUUGGAUGACAGUGUACGGUUAUUUGAGGCUAACUAUAUGGUUCUGACCGAGUACAUGGAUGAUGCGUGUCAGCGACUCCAGGACAUCAGUACAGCAGCCGUAGAGAAAUGUCUGAAGUGUGGGCAGAGACAGCGGAAGGGCAGAACUCAUCUGACUCGGGAGGAGCUAGACACACUCAUGGAAAGCUACGUUGUCGGGAGUGUGUACACCAAGGUAUUUCGUGCCAUUUGUGAAAAGUUACGAGCAGACGACAAGUGCCUUUUACAGAAAUGUAAACACCUAGAGGGCGUGACCCCUGACAAGUUGAAGGUCAUUCAAGACUUCAGCUGUCCUCUCCCUGGGGCAGUUGUCGAGCUGGCUAAUGUUGAUGGAUUGAAGACACCCCUAGAGAAGUUACAUUGCCUUAAAACAACCAUAGAUUGUAUUACGGAGACCAUUAUGUCACAUGUGAUAGAUACCCACAAUACCAGUAUAUCUCUGAAAAGUUCUCAAGAUAUUCCACGUCUCACAUCUGAUGACCUUAUUCCAAUUCUUGUGACUGUGAUAGCCCAGUCCAGAUGUACUCACCUGGCCAGUAACAUGUACUAUAUAGAGAACUUUCAUUGGUCGACGGAGAUCAACGACAGAGAUAACCUCAGCUACUGCAUGGUAACAUUCAAGGCAGCAGUACAGUACAUGAUGAACACAGACUUUUCUCACUUUCAAGAUCACAAGUCAAAGGUCAAACGAGAGAUCAGCAUUGAUGAGCUGAUGAGAGCCACCAAAGACGCGACGUUGCACGGGGAUGACUCUGGCAGUGUGAAUGGGAGGAGUCACAAUGGAGCCAAGCCACUAAAGAGGUUGGACCAACAGCUACAGAAAAUAUCGAAACUUGUUCAGGACACGCCCGACGUGUGGAAUAAACCAAAAUCUUCAACAAUAGAACAGAAAAGUGUAUUUGGCGACCGAUACCUGUUACAACAACCAAUCACAGGUCCAGAAGUCAGUCAUCCUCAAACCCAGGAUAAAAAACCUCCUCCGCAGUUUGGGGGAUUUCUAGGAUCUUUUGAAGAUGACAUUUUCGAACAAUCAUUUGGAAAACAAACGUGAUGCUGGCAUAAAAUAUCAGUGAAAUAAUUUUAUGUUGUUAAACCAGUAAAACAUGACAACAAUGAAAAAUUUCAAAACCUCACUGUGACAUGGAAAACUCAUUGUAUUUCUCUGUGCACAGAAAUGUCUGCACUUACAAAGUUCCACUGUAAUGACAGACACAGAAACAAGAUACCAGUGGGUUAAUUAAUCAGCAAUAUUGUCGAAAACAAGAGUUCCGAAUGAUGUACAAGUCAAAGUCACUGUCAAAAACAAGUUAUCCAACCUGAGUUGGUAUUCAUGAACCAUUCUUAUAGUCAAACUCCAGUUUUAUGCUUAAGUCAAAUUUCUUAUUCUGCCGAUAAAUCAAUUUAAAAAAUGGCAUUCUGUCCAUGCUUUUGAAUAUCUUUUAAAAACUUUUUAAAACCUAAUACAAUUUUAUACCAUGUCACAUAAACUAAGUGAGUUACAAGAAAGUUUGGGCAAAGGAAGAUUCCUUGCUUGUGCACGAUAACGAUUUCAUGAAUAUAUUGGCUUAGAUUUCGGUCAGAUAAGGAACACUGCCAGAAAAAAUGACGGGUCGAAACCACCAGUCAGAUCUUCAGUAAUUAAUCGUAAAUAAAUAAAUGUCUACGCAUACCUACAUUUACUGUGUACAUGUAACCUGUUCAGCAAUAGUUUUUGAGUAAACGACAUUUUGUACUACGUCUGUAUGUUUAUGUAUUUGUUAAGGUAAUGUCGAGACUUCAUUUUAGUCAUGGUUGAGAAUACCUUUGAUCAUGCAGGCAUAUUUUGGAGAGGCUGGUUGGGGUACUAACUUUUAGGCUAUCUUUUUAAUUGCUUUCAAAUUCAAUGCUACAUCAGGGUUCUUUGGUCAAGAUAACCUAGCUGUGACCCAUUCUGUACUUGUCUGUGAUAUGGGUUGUUUCCCAUGUGUGAUACUGCUAGCUGUGAAUAGACCAUAUCUUGGACUUACCCAUAUCUGCCUGGCAUGUGUCAUAUCUGCCUGGCAUGUGUCAUAUCUGCCAGGCACGUGCC